AUGACAAGCUUCUCUUUUCUAUGGAAAGAAAAAAAUCAUCUGAAGAUGCGAAUACCUGUAAGGAUUAUGUAGGAUACAAUUGUAGUCAAGGAUGGCAAGAUCUCGGAAUGGUUUUACACAUCUAACUACUCUUAUAUAAUAUAGAAAAUUCCCUGGGGAUAGCGUAUUCCGCGCUAUCCCCAGGAAUUUAGUAUAUAUAGAACUACACUGACUGGCACGGGGUGCUUUUGGCUCAGUUUCGAGCCAAAAGCACCCCGUACCAGUCAGUGUAGUUAACUAUAUUAAAAUUACUUGAACUUAAUUGCAGGUUGGCUUAAACCUAUUGGUAAUACAGUCAUCAAAGACCCCUCAAGGGCCCAUCUACUUGCGAAACAGUCGAUCAAGCUGGCUCAGUUGAGAUAAUUCCUCUAGCGAGAAAAUAUCGAUACCAACUUGCUUCUUCUUGGCAGACCGUUUUGGGCUUCCCCUUUCCAAUCCGAUUCAUCCCUUUCCUUCGAGGUAAAAAUCCAACUCUGAAAGCGAACUACGGCUCGGCUCGACACCUCUGGAAUUGCUUACCUAGCAUCACUGCCAAUUUUGCCAGAUUUAAUUAAAUGUUUGCUAUAGGCUGCAUAGCUGGGAGUCCAUGUCCGGACGGAGACAUGAUAUUUAAUUAUUCUCUUAUAUAAUCAAAUAUUAUUACAAAAUUUCUGUAUUGAUUAAAUUUAUUUAAAAUUUAUACAAUAAAAUGCAUAAAGUUGAGUAAGGUAGAUUUAAAGUAGAAAGGUUUCGUGAUGAAGCAUAAAGCAGAGUCCGCUACAAUCCCUAAACUGAUAAAACUCUUUGAAAAUGAGGAUGAAAAAGAUGAUAGCGUAAUUGCUAUUCAAAGAGCAGUUGAUGCAGCCUCUAACUUUCAAGCCAAAGCAUUGCUUUGCUCACAUUUUGAUGUCUUGAUUAUGCAUAUGACAAAUGAAUCUUUGCCUUUAGAAAACCAAAAUUUCCUCAUCCAAAAUUUCAUCCCUCCAGCAAACAACCUCAGAUAUAUUACAAACUUUAAUAAAGGAUCCAUUGAGAUAAGAGUUGAGCCUUAUGAUCAAGAAUAUCGGAUAUAUUAAUUAAAUUUGAUCAAGCAUUAACAUUUUUUUUAGUCAAUGCUGCAAUGCUCUAAUUCAUGCAUGAAAUAAAGCAUUAGCUUCUAAGAUCACAGAUCCUAUUUUAAUUAAAAUUUUAUAAAUGGAAAAUAUUCAAAUCCAAGAAAACUCUCAAUACCAUCGAACGAAAUUAAUGAAAAUGAUAGAAAAGAAGUAGAUAGUUUAGCAAGAUUAGUUUGCAGCUAUAUAGCUAUAAACUAUGGAAAUGUCUCUGAAUGUGAGCUUGAAUGGAUCAGAAAUUCCGGAAAUGAAUGGGCUCUUAUAAAUGUAAUGAGAAUUGGACAAGAUUCUUCAAUUCCACAAAGUGCAAGAACUGAAGCUGUUAAUAGCAACGUUAGAGAUGAAAAUAUUGCUCCAACUAGUAUAAAAUACAGAAGACCGCCAUCAGCUCCAAGGCUUCAUAUGUCUUCUGAAGAAAGGAUUUUAAGAUCUCGCCCUCCAUCAGCCAGCAACUCAAGAAUAACCCCUCGUCAGCCUAGAAGAGUUUCAGAUUCCUUACUGCCUCAGCCCCGCUCUGCAAGCUCAAUUCAUUCGACUUCUCCAAACACGUUGACUAAUAGAUCAUUCCGUUUUUCAAAAGAAACCAAAAAUCACAGCACUCAAACCUCUGAUGAAUGCUGUGGCUGCAAAGAUGAGCUAGAAAGGUCGAUAAAAGAAAUGGUUGCAGCAAAGAAAAGAAAUGAGGAACUUGAAGAAAUUGUUAUAAAGCUUGAAGAAAGCCAUAAAGCAGAAAUUGAAGAAAAUGAUAAAAAAUGGAAAGAAAAAUGUAUUGAAAUUGGGAAUGCGAUGGGAGAAAAGCUUCAUGAAGAAAGGAAAAAAUAUGAAGCUAAAAUUAAAAUGCUGAUGAAAAAGAUUGAAGGAUUAAGUAUUGAAUAA